AUGUCAUUAGCAUUACUGGAUAUCAAUUCAUUUCCAUAUUUAAAUCCUCAAAAGGAAAAGAAAAUAGCAUUAAUAACUGGUGGAAAUAGUGGAAUUGGUUUUUAUACAGUAUUACAAUUAUAUUUACAUGGUUAUAUUGUCUAUAUAGCCGGUAGAUCUAAAUCAAAAAGUUUAAAAUCAAUUCAUGAAUUAAAAUUAAAAUCAAUUGAAAUUAGAUCAAAUUAUACAAAUGAAGAAAACAUGUCAAGAUUCCUUGGUGAAUUAAAUUAUUUAGAAAUUGAUCUAAGUAAUUUAAAUCUGGUAAUUAAAGCAGUUGAAACUUUUAAGCAUCGAGAAACUUCAUUACAUUUAUUAAUUAAUAAUGCAGGUGCCAUGGCUAUACCAUAUAUUAAAACUCAAGAUGAUUUUGAAAUUCAAUUUCAAACUAAUUAUAUAUCCCAAUUUUUAUUAACUAUUAAAUUAUUACCAAUAAUGGAAAGAACAAUACUAAAAUCUCCAAAAAUUUCGUCACCUAGAAUCAUUUAUCUCAAUUCAAUAGGUCAUAAAUUUAUAUUUUCAAAAUAUUUAUUCAACCUAAAUUAUGAAUACAAUUUAAAACCAAAUUUUAUAUUCACAUGGAUACGAUAUGGUAUUGCAAAAACUUCAGGUAUUCAUUUUAUGAAAAUGUUAUCAUUAAGAAAUCCAAAAAUUUUAAGUUUGGUGGUACAUCCAGGAUUAAUUAUGAACACUAAUUUAUUUACAUAUUGGACAAAUUUACCAAUUGUUGGGAUUUUAUUUUGGUGUUUUUUUCAGAUCUUUAGUUAUUUUUUUGGAAUUUCUUAUCAACAAGGUUCUUAUGAAGUUUUAAAUUGUUGUUUAAAUCCAAGAUUGAAUAUUGAAGUUGAUAAUGGGAAAUGUUAUUCUAAUAAUGGGACAGAAUGUGAAACUUCAAAUAUAUCUAGUGAUAUGGAUCAAGCUGCAAGAACUUGGAUUUGGACAAUACGAGAAUUAAAUAAACGAGGCAUAAAUAUCCCAGAGCAUUGA